CACGGGCACUUUCUUACUAUUGGUACCUUUUUCUCUCUUUCUCCCUCACACCACCUCGGGAAACUUGGCAGUUGUCAUCGAGGUUUUUGCCUGGGCAAAUGCUACCCUCUACCCAUCCCAUAAGACUAUAUUGGUCCCCCCUUGCCCUACCGUCAGCACUGCCUGGCUUGCUCCCUCGGCGUUCCUACCUAUUCUCUUCUCCACGCGUCCUGCGCCAUUACAAGAAUAGCCUGCUUCGUAGAGCGAAGCGACUGAUCCCUCCUUUUCUUUCAUUUACUUGCUCCACUUUGGUUUUCCUUUCCAGCGGCGCAGAGCGUCGCAUUCAGAAUCUCACCACCGCAGCGCGGCCUUCCAUUUACAACCUAGCAUGCAUUCUUUCAGCUAAAGGAUUUUUAUUUACCCCCACCCACUACUUUCCGGUCGAGAUCAGAACAGAGGGGUGGGCCUGCCUAACCUAACAUAGCCUGCCCAGCCUCACUCAACAUGAUGCUCUCGUCAUCCACAUAUCAACAGCCCCCGUCACCUUCGCAUGGUCGAAGGGGCGGGAGGCACCUUAAUACUAUAAUGGAAGAGGAGCACGAGGAAACAUCGCCCAUUGUUCGUCAAAAGCGCAGUGUUCACAACCAAAACAUCAGUGGCAACCGAGGCCAGAACAUGAAGAUCCAGGCCUGGCUUGGGCCUAUCGGUGACCACUUUCCCACGCCACGCGGUGUGAACUUCAUGGUUGCUCCGAACCUGCCUUCUUCACCUUCGUCAGCGUCGGCCGAGGAGAGCAGCACGCCCACCUCGUCUUCUUCGCACUCAUAUGAUGAUGUCUUCAAUCGAAGAGACAGCGCAAUGACCGAUGCCACCGUGUUUGAUGAUUUAUACGACGUGUCGGAUGAGGAAAUCGAACGACAAGGAUCACUAAGGAGUACCGAAAGCCUUGUGCGUCGGAAGAGCUCACGCCGUAAGUCGAUUACCAGGCCGUCAUCCGCAAACUCAACCCGGAAGUCACUUCCCAAACUUGUUAUCCCCGGAUCUCAGCCUUUUGCAAAACCGGAGCAGCCGAAAAUGAGGAAGGCUUCUCCUAUCAAUCCGACGCCAACCUCUAUUCUGCAAAUGUCGCCUGCCAUCAUCUCAUACAUGCAAGCACAGCAAGCUGUCGCCAUCCCAACCAUCUCAGCUCCACCUUCGCUUGAUGGUAGCUCCCUUGAUGGUAGCCUAACCUCGGAUCAAAUGGCUCAGCUAUCGGCACCGCCGACUCCCGUGAUCGGGGGUCAGGAUGAGCCCAACAACGACUGGUCCGGUGUCCACCUCCAGCCUGGAGCUCUGGCCACCCUGGCCUCAAUCUCUGGAAACAGCUCUGACGCUGGCGAGCUUCAUGGAGAGCCCGACCAGCCCAUCGAAGUUCCAGAGUCCCCACAGGAGAUGUCAGAGAUGCGCCAACUUCAGCAGUCAUCUCGAUUUCUCAUCAAUCUGAGGAGAGCUUCGGCUCCGCAGUCUCCAGCUGGCGCUUCUCUUGCCGGUCUUACCAGGCUGGAUAUACCCUCUCCGGGUGGCUUCUUCUCCGACCUUUCCCCUAGGAGUAGACACACUUGGACUUGGCCAGUAGCUCAGGAACCAGAGGAGGCCGCGCCGCCGACAUCCACGACGGCUGAGCAAUUUUACAAGGCUCCAUGGAACACCGACCGCACUCCCCCUGCAAGAGCCUUGCACAUGGCUGCUGGUGACUUUUCCGACUCUCCAGUUGAGCAGGUGGUGGAGAUGCCCUUCAAGGGCCCUGUCGAGGACGACCUUCCCACCGCUGUGCGCAUCCAGCAGACCCCCGUGACGGCCGUGCGAAUCACCGAGUCUGGUACCGAUACGUCGGUGACUCUCAACAAUGAGGAGACGGCUUACUCACCUGUCAAGGAAGUUUUGGAGCAGUUUUACCCAAAAGAGGAAGAGCCGGGACUGUCUCAGGUUGAUCGCACCGAGAGGUGGCUUAUGGCUCAAAGGGCUUACCUCAAGCCCAUCGACUCCAUCCCCGAGGUUGACGGUGAGGAGCAGGAGGAGCAAAUUAGUGACGAUAAAUCCGACGCAGAAGAGAUCAAGCCUGCUGUCCCUCGUAAGGAUACUAUCUAUAUCAAAAAGAUCAAGGCCGUGGCUGCUGCCAAGCAGGAUGAGGCCAAAGACGAAGAUACAGCACCUCAAAAGAAGACGGUUCGCUUCUCCGAGUUUGUCAAGUCAUCGGCAAUCCCCAAAUCACUGCCAUCAAAGCUUGCCCGCCAAGAAUCCGCCUACUACCGCGCCUUCACAGACUACACUGUCCGCGCUCAACAGAAGGACGCCUUUAUCAGCCGCAUGCCGCGCUUUGAGGCUCUUCAAGCGCAGCGUGUCUCCCUGAGCGAGUCUCACCGUAACCAACUUCUCGGCAAGUACCAACUCUCUGUCGUGCCACUUUCGGCCAAGAAGCGCAUGAGCACCAAUGUCGUUCGCGGUGACGACGUCGUUACGGUCGAUCCCGAAAAGCUGCGAGCCGACAUGGAAAGCGAGGCUAUGGCACAGUCCAGCACGGCGGUAUGGAAUGUCGCAGCGACCAAGAUGCUUAAUGGUGGUCGCCUGAUCGCGGCGCCGGUGCACAAGCGGCUAGCACGCCUCUCACGUAUGCAGGGCACCAACGGGGCUGAUCGUGCCCGUAUUCUCGACCUGGGCGGCCAAACUACGUGCGACUGGGCCUGGCACGCGGCACUGCAGUAUCCCAACACCAAAAUAUACACCGUGACGACCAAGUCCGCGCGCCAACUCUCCAACUGCAACGUGCGUGGGCCGCCCAACCACCGCCAGGUAGCCGUGGAACGUCUUACACGACUGCCGUUCGCAAAUGAUCAUUUCGACCUCAUCUCAGCAAGGGAGUUGCACUCGAUGCUGCGUCGGGACGGCGAGAACGGCGAGGAUGAGUGGGAAUCCUGCCUGCGUGAGUGCAUGCGGGUCCUCAAGCCCGGCGGUUUCCUCGAAUUCAGCAUCAUGGACGCUGAGAUAGUCAACGCUGGACCCCUCGGCAACGCCAAGGCAGUCGAGUUCAGCUUCGCGCUCAAGCGGCUCGGCUAUGAUCCCAACCCGUCCCAGAUGUUCUUGGGUCGGCUCUCCCGCGCGGGCUUUAAGGAUGCCCGGCGCGCCUGGACUUGCAUGCCCAUGGGACCCAAGCCGGCCGCCGCCGUACCCGUAGCGCGCGAUUCGGCAGGCUUCCCAGUUCCGACCCUGCAGAUGGAGGCGUUUGUGAGCGGCUCGAGCGAUGACGUGGCAGCAGUCACAGGUAUCGCAGCCAGCUGGUCAUGGGAGCGGUGGCUGCUCCGAGCCGAGGUUGAGUCGGCUUCAGGCGAUCUCAGGCUGUGCGACAUUGUCGACGGCCCAGGAGUGACUGGGAAGAGCCUCGAGGGAGUCCACGCCGUCAUCGAGGAGGGACGUCAGGCUGGCUCGUGCUGGCGAGUGCUAAGGGGCUACGCACGCAAGCCGAGGCCGGACCUGGGCUUCAUCAACAUGUGUCUGGGUUCGCCCGUCAAGCAGUAAUGGUGAACGUAUGAUAUAAAAGUGUAACUUCUUUUUUUUUGUCUCCUGGCCUACUCACACAACCGCUUUGAUUUUUUUUUCUCUUACGCCGAGCGUUUUUACGUUCAGGCCUGCUGAGAUACCCCUUGUCAUUGAUUCGAUUUAUGCGAAACAUGAAGUAUGCGCUUUGGUGGCGCUUUGCAUUGGCAUGCAUGCCUUAGUUUCCCUUGCUUUUUAUCUCGUAAUGGUCCCAUACUGACAUCUCAUUGGCUGAGAUCCUUUUUUGUGUUGAAUCUUCAUGUUCCUUUCUCAUAAAUUUUGGCCACAUCGGCGAAGAGGGCAUUUUGGCAGUAUUACAUCUAUAUGAAUGUGGAUUGGACAGGAUAUCAUGAGCCAUGAUAUCAAUAAACAUAAUACGAACAGAAGCACAACGAAUCCUUGAUAGCUGGCCUUCAGGUGUAACGUAGGUGUCAAAAGACUUAUCUUAAUAUAUGCAUCAACCUAUCACCGCA